AUGUCUACAUCCGCCCGCCGCCGUCUCAUGCGGGACUUCAAGCGCAUGCAAACCGACCCUCCAGCCGGUGUCUCUGCAUCUCCAGUAGCCGACAAUGUCAUGACCUGGAAUGCCGUCAUCAUAGGCCCCGCCGAAACACCUUUCGAAGAUGGCACGUUCCGCCUGGUCAUGAACUUUGAGGAACAGUACCCCAACAAGCCUCCAGGUGUGAAAUUCAUCAGUCAGAUGUUCCACCCUAAUGUGUACGGAACUGGUGAGCUGUGUCUAGACAUUCUGCAGAACCGUUGGAGUCCUACAUACGACGUGGCAGCGAUCCUUACUAGUAUCCAAAGUCUAUUGAAUGAUCCCAACACCUCCUCCCCGGCCAACGUGGAAGCCUCAAACCUUUACAAAGACAAUCGCAAAGAGUACACAAAACGCGUGCGAGAGACUGUCGAAAAGAGUUGGGAGGAUUGA